AUGUCGGCGCCUUAUUGGGGCCAAUUGCCCCCGUCAAAAGCUCGCCGCAUGUCUGUCGACUAUGACCAGACUGAUCGUCGACAGUCUUUGGAUCAGUCCGCCGCUCCGCCUCAGUCUCAGACUUACUCCCACUCCCGAUCGCAGUCGCAGUCGCAGUCGCAGUCACGGUCGAACCGGGUAUCCGUACAAACCAACCACACCGACGCUUAUACAGAGUCUACACUUAGUCCUCUACAAUCACCUGCUACUUCCAACUUCCCAGGUAACGGGCUAGCUCCCCGUCCACCCUCUCUGCCUUACGGGCAAAACCAAUAUCCCGUAGAGUCGCAGGGAAAACGGGCGAGACGUACUAGCCGGGCGCAAGAAGACAUCUCUUACGACGAGACUCCCGCGUCACCUUCCCCUCCCCCAGCCGCUCCCGACGUCCCUAGAGCUCCGCCGGUCAGCUACAGGGACCCUUACAGAAACAGUAGCCCGGCCUUUACUCCGACGUACACCUACAACCCGGACGGUUCGCCCGGGCCGCCGCUCUCGGCUUACCGAUUUGGUUCUCCCGGUUACGGUUCCCCUCAAGCACGAAUAGCGGCCAUGGAGUCCGAGUCUUUCUACAAAGAUGCUACCCCAGAGGUUGACAGGCUAAAUCGAGCACCUGUACUAGAUCGAAGUCUACAAACUUUUGACGAAAGCGGGAGUGCUGGCAAACAGGCAUUUCGGGGCCUAGAGGGAACCAGAUCUAUAGGGAAGCCAACAAACGGCGAUACAGCAGAGAAGGAGACUGUGGAUCCCUCUGCACCAAAGAGACAAGGAACACUGAAUGCGCCAGUAAAGCGCCCAACGUGGGCAGACGACCGGUCACCGUUGCAAAGGCUCGAGCUGACCCUCGAUAGCAUCACCAAGGAAGAGAAACGAGCCCGUGUAGAAGCUGCUGAGCAUCGCGCAAGAGAACGAGCAGCGCAGAGAGAAAGUGUUUCGAUUCAAGAGAGGCUUCAGCUUCUACCAGAACGUCAAAUUAACCAGCAGCCUCGGUCUAUAGAUCGGCGUCAAUCCGACGCCCGGCCAGAAGAACAGCGUACAGUUAUUGCUGAUCCAGUAGCGGUACAACCAUCGGCGACCGCAUCCUACGGGCCUUUGAGUCGUAGCCCCCUAGAAGAAGCCAGGCAGCUACCCGACCAGUUUUCACGCUCACAAAUUCCAGUUGUCAGAAAUCGCAAUGUCACAACAGCUGAGAGGGCUGAUAUACCCCAAGGUAACUUAAGUUUUCGUGAGAGAGCUGCUAAGAACGACACCAAUAUACCCAGAGAUGUAGAGAGUAAUUCACCAACGUCACCCAUUACUCCAGUGAGUGGAGGCUUUUCUCUCACUCGUAGUGGAAGCAACAAGCUUAAGAAAAACCCGCCGGGUGACCCCUGGUAUAGCGCGCGUAAGGAGGCCGAGGAAGGAUCAACGGCUCCGUACAGACGCUAUUCGCAAAAAGAGCGGCCAAGUGAAGUGCCUAGAGAUGUGGGCGUCCCGCUAGGAACUGUCAAGCCUAGAAAUGAGAUGGGUACGAGAAUGCCUAUUUCGCCAGAGUAUAAUGAAAGGCCACCAGCAAGAGGUAAGCAGCUAAAACAAGAAGAAUAUAAAGAACCUCCAGUUCAACAGAAAGGACCUGCAGCCGCGGUUGCGCUUGGCCGAUCUGAGUCCGUAAGGAAUAAUCCAAACACACUACCGUCACAGCACCCUUAUCAAACCCCGGUACGUAAUAUAGAGGACCCGCCGGCACCCGUUAGGAAUGUUGUGAAAUCUGUUACGUUUCCGGAUCGAAAACAUGAGGCACAAAUGUUCGAAGAAGACGACUAUGAUUCAGAUAUGAACGAUCAUAAACUCGGUAUCCACGAUUACAUGUAUCGGAGUAAGCUCAAGCCUGGUCGAGGGAUAUAUCAGCCACCGAAGUACUUAGAGGAAUGGAAGAAGGCUACAGUUGGAACUCUAGCGGGUCCUCUGUUAGACCUAAGUGAAGAGCCUAACCCUAUUGCUGAAAAGGCUACGCCAUGGUGGGAGAGUCCCCCUAGCAGUAAGCGUAGAGGUAGUACGACGACGCGACCACCACCCGAAGCCCCCGAGGACCUGUACGAUGAUACCAAAGGUCCGACGAGGUUUAAACCAGCAUUAUAUCUCAAAUGCGGACCGCUGCUACGUUACUGUGGCCUUCGUUACGAAAAGCCACUGGCACAAGCAAACCGCAACGACGAGGUUUCUAACCUAGAGAUAUGGAGAGGCAGCGUCAUGAUUGUCACACAAGACUCGGAGUCUUCAUAUGAUAUUCCUCCGAUUCUGCGGCUUUUUGUCCAGCCUAUUGAACUCCUCCCACCUCCUCCCGUAGAGCUACGUGGGGAACAGACUCUUCCACCAGAGUAUGUAGACCCAAUCGCCGGCAUACCGAAGCUCGGUAGACGGGGAGAAACACUAUACGUACGGCCGGUGGAACACUUAGAAGAAGCUAAGGAUGUUUCGAGAUUGGAGCCUGAUGAUGGUCUAUUCGAACUCACAAGGACUGCCCCUGACUUCAGCAACGGGCCUGACCCUCCGGGUUCUUUUACUAGUCGUAAAAGACGGACGCAGGUUGACGGAGAGAAGCUGGGGAAGUACAAGGACGUUCGUGGGUUCCGGCUGCAUGCGGAACGAGGCCACACGUUCUGGAGAUUCAACAUUGAGGUCGAACUCCGAGACUAUCAACAGAGAAUAGCCUACCGCAUCAACCAUGGUCCUGCCAUGGGCUUCUGGGUACCCCCUCGGGGCGAGUCGAUGAAUAUUAUGUUCUACAGUUGCAAUGGGUUUAGCCUGAGCGUGAACCCAGAUGACUUCAGCGGACCAGAUCCUAUGUGGCGUGAUGUGCUCAACAACCAUCAAACCCGACCGUUCCACGUCAUGCUUGGGGGUGGAGAUCAGCUUUAUAAUGAUGCUAUCAUGCGAGAGAGCCCUCACUUCCAUAACUGGCUGGAUAUCAAGAAUCCUCUGCACAAAAACAACGCGCCGUUGAUACCAGAGUUGCAGGAUGAGAUGGAAACGUUCUACCUAAACAGAUACAUGAUGUGGUUCUCGCAAGGCUUAUUCGGCCUUGCAAACUGCCAAAUCCCCAUGGUCAACAUGUACGAUGAUCACGAUAUUAUAGAUGGUUUUGGUUCCUAUCCCCAUCACUUUAUGAAGUCCCCAGUAUUCAGCGGCUUGGGCAAUGUUGCAUUUAAAUACUAUAUGCUCUUCCAGCACCAGAGUCUACCAGAUGAAACCGAACAGACUGAACCGAGCUGGAUUCUAGGUGUCAAGCCAGGACCUUAUAUCCGCGAGUUGAGCCGCAGUACGUUCAUGUUCCUGGGAUCCAAGAUUGCGCUGCUCGCGGUUGAUUGUCGGACUGAGCGUACAAGAGACGAUGUCUUACGAGAAAAUACGUGGAAGAAGCUUAUGGACCGUUGUUAUGAUGAGAUUGUCAGGGGUAAGACGCAGCAUCUGCUCGUUCUCCUGGGGGUUCCAAUUGCCUAUCCUCGGUUAGUGUGGCUAGAGAACAUCUUGACUUCACGAUUGAUGGAUCCCAUCAAAGCCCUUGGAAAAGCGGGUAUGCUGGGCAAUUUCCUCAACCGCUUCGACGGAGGCGUUGAAGUUCUUGAUGAUCUUGAUGACCACUGGACAGCAAAGAACCACAAGGAUGAGCGAAGAGUCGUCAUCGAAGACCUUCAGGAUCUUGCUGCGGACAAGUCUAUUCGCGUGACGAUUCUAAGCGGCGAUGUGCACUUAGCUGCCAUCGGCCAGUUCUACUCGAACCCUAAACAGGAGCUUGCUAAGCACAACGACUUCCGCUAUAUGCCUAACAUCGUCUCAUCUGCCAUUGCCAACACGCCGCCUCCUGACAUCAUGGCCGACAUACUUAAUAAGCGAAACAAGGUUCAUCAUUUCGACAAGGAGACCGAUGAGGACAUGAUUCCUAUAUUUACCAACGGAGUAGACGGCAAACCCCGUAACAACAAGCGUCUCCUCCCCCACCGAAACUGGUGCUCUAUCCGCGAGUACGUGCCUGGGCAGACACCACCGCCAACUCCGCCUCCAGAGGACUACGAAAUGACCCCCGAGGGCACUCCGCCAGGUAGCCGGGGCGGUCUCUUCCGCAGAUUCUCAUCGAAAAGAAAAGGAUCCGUCCUCCGCAAGGACGGAGCCCGUGACCCCGCGGACCGUUCGCGUCCUCCUGUCUCCAGCAGCGGCUUCCUACGCUCGCUCUCCCGCCGUGCCUCAACGAGCGGCGGGUCGCGCUCAGGCGGCCUCCUACGCACCCUCUCGCUCGGCCGCGUCGACAACUCCCGCCCGCGCGGCAACAACAGCGGCAGCAUCUUCGGCCGCCGGAGGAACAGCUUUGACAGACCCGAUGACGGCGGCAUCAAUGGCGGCUGGGGCCCCGACAGCGAGGAGGACGAGGAGGCCAUGUACGAAGCGUCGCGGGCCCGGCGCACACGUGCUACGACUAUGACUGCCGCACCGACUCGACCGGCUGCGUAUGCCCCUACUGCGCUAGAUUACUACGGGGGAGGGGGCGCGAACCCGAAUAUGGGCCGUAUGCGCGGCGGAGGUGUAGAGCGCAAUGAUGAGUACGAGGUCGGUGAUGAUUCGUAUUUCACAGCCAAGUCGCCGCGCCGCGCAUUCACGCAGCCGACUAGGGGCGAGCACGGAGGCACAGGCGGGUUUAGUAACAACUACAGUACUUACGACGAUAACCCCAGCUCGGAGUGGGACGCGCCGCCGCCGCGGCCAUUCCGCCGUACGCCGACGGGGCUUACCGCGAAGCAACUGCAGGCAGCAGGGGGCGCGGCGAAAUUCGAAGUCGACCUGCAAGGUGGACUGGACGUAUGUCUCAACGUGGAGGUUAACGCGCGCGACCCGGCGGGCAUCACGGUGCCGUAUCGAUUACUGGUUCCGAGACUGUGGUACGAGUACGAGGGCGAGGACGCGGAUGUCGGUGCGGAUACGGAGAGUCAGACUGAGCUUGAUCAAGAUCAGGGGUAUGAGCAUGAGCAGGGACAGCCGCGUAACUUGUACGAUGAUGUGGUUGGCGAUGAGGAGGAAGAGGGGGAGGAGAGACCGCAGAAGGGGGUGUUGAAGCGCUUGUUUAGCGGACGGGGAAGUCAGAAUAGGGCAAGGAGGGGGUCGUCUUAG